CAUUGACGGCUAUAUUCAACGAGUUCGGAUAUUUGUCAGUCGGACUUAUUUCUUCAAAAUUUCUCGUCGUUAUAUGAUUCAUUCUCGCGAUAUUCGAAAAAGAAUUCCGUGUUUCCAUGUGUCAGCUUCCCUUUCAAAAAUUCCUCGCGUUUGACCUUGUCUUGAUUGGAUUCCUUUUCCCCGCAAAUUACGAAAUACUGAACCGACAUGACGAAAAUUCUCGAGAGUAACGAACAGGAUAAAAUAUGUAAUAUCGUGGCCGUAAAAAAUUUCAAAAAUAACAACGUACCGGAAAUUUGCAUUCAAAUCGAUCGAAACGAAAAGAAGAAUCCAAAUUAUUCGAAUAAAACUGUUCAAGAGAAAUCACCAAAGAAAUCACCAAAGAAAUUGCCAAAGAAUUUAUUGACGAAUAAAAAGAAACGUAAUUUAAAACGAAUAAAAUCAAGAGAACUCUUUGCGGGUAAAGUACUCGUCGACUGCGAUUGUUAUCAUCGAAACGGUCUUCAACAUGAUUGUCCUCGUAGUCUCUGUGGAAAGGAACCAUGUCAAGAGUUGCCCUUACCAAAAUGCGAUCUAGGGACUUACUUCAUCGACAAGUGGACCACUUAUUACGACAAGUUGGACCGAAUGAUGCCAUCGACGUUUUGUGGUUCCGAAGAAGAUUGGUUAAAUGAAUUAAACAAAUGGAAAACUAACAAUCUUGAGGCGAAGAAGAUUGACGAUGAUAAAAAUAAGCUGACGUACUAAAAAACAAUAACAGCAGCAAUAAUAAUAAUAAUAAUAAUAAUAAUAAUAAUAAUAAUAAUAAUAAUAAUAAUAAUAAUAAUAAUAAAAAGCUACUACACAGAGCUUUCGUAUAAUAAAAAUACAAAAAAAAAAUAAAUAAAUAAAAAAAUAAAUAAACAAACAAGUCGUUCGUUGAUAUAUAACAAUAUUAAAAUUACGUUCUAAUAGAAAAAGAAAAAAAAAUACUUUCCAUUAAUCCAAAUUAUUAAUAUCAACGUAACGUCGAUAGAGUUAUUUUUACCAAAAGCGAUUUCAAAAUUUCCCGCCAUUGUUCGCCAGCGAGAUUUCUUCAUUGCGUUUCUACGAUAACAACGCACAAAUAAAACGUUGAGAAACUUCUUUGUCGAAUUUAAAACGACUGUUACUUUUUAAUAGAACAAAAUAAUCGAAAUUAAUUGGAUAGACGCUCGUACCUUUACGAUCUUGAUCGAUAAAAUGAACGUAACGCAUUCGAUGGCAACAACAGCGCCAUCUUUGUGAACGCAUUGGAACGAGACGACUCCUGAGGAACAGGAAAUAACGGAACGUUAAAGCGCGUGCCAGGCAACUAACAAAAUCAAUUUCCGAUACCUUUUUAAAACUAACAUUUACAUUUAUUUCCAAGACGUUUAUUUCCAAGAAUAACGUUUCUUGAAUUAAUAAAAAAAAGGGGGGCAAAAAAAGAAAGAAAAGAAAAGAACUCGCUUUUUGUUCCUGUCUGACCAUCUCAUUUAUUCUUGUCAGUCGAAAAAUUAUAAAUUAAAAGAAAGAAAGAAAGAAAGAAAGAAAAAAAGGAAGGAAGGAAGAAAAAAAAGAAGAAAUAAAAAGGAAAAAAAAUUAGUAACCAUUAAAGUUUUCGAUAGUAGUACAUCCCUGAUGUGAAAGUAAACGAAAACGUACAUAGAUGAAAGAGAGAAUCGAGAAAGGAGACGCUCGACUCGAGAAGAGUUCCCAAUGUGUAGCUAAAUGCAAGUGAAACCACACGCUGAGCCACGCCCCUUUCUUAAGAAGAAGAAAAGGAAACCUAAAGAGAGAGAGAAGGAAAAGCCAUGAAACAAGUCGUGCGUCACUCGAUGAAACACCAAUCCCAUUGUGAUGAAUAUCCCAUCAAACACAUACAUACACACACCUUUCAAAACACUUUUCAUAAGAAACAAAAAAAAAAUUGCAUUGACUUUUCGUAAUAAAAUUACACUCGCAACGUAAAUAAAAAAACGUAACGCGUUACAACACGUCUACUUUCAUUUACUUAUACAUAAA